GAACUUCUGUUAAAACAGGUUUUAUCAGAAGACAAAGUUGUCAGAAGGAAUGCUACCAUGUGUCUUGGAACUAUGGCUCAAAAUGGUUAGUACAAUAGAGCCUUGCACUUCAUGAUUAUGUACAUAAAUGUAAAAAUAGCGGUGAUUUUGCUACAAAUAAGUAAGGUGAGUCCUGGCACUCAUCUUGUCAAAAAUCAUGAGUCCCAGUGCAGAACCAAUGUGUCCCAGUUCAAAAACAACACAUAGUCCUGAAUUGGGGAUUAGCAGUGAAAGUGGUAGUAGUCCUAAAUUGAAAAUGUCUGGGCCUUUAAGUAACCAGACAGUUUUAACAGUUCUUAAAAUCUGAAGGCAGAUUUCAAAACUCUUUUUUAGAGCCUACUGAAAAAUAUAGUCCUUCUAUUUAUAGCACAAAAAUAAAGACUAAAAUAAAUAUGCAUCGUUAAACAACAGCCACAGAAAUCACAACAAUAGGAAAUUCUAAUUGAUUAUGUCUUCAGAUCAAUCGAUCUUUGCAUCCUACAGGACUCAUGUCAUGAAUUAUUUUGUGUCUUUGGGGAUUUUAAUAUGUUGGGGACUCAGGAUGCAGAGGUAACAAAAUCACUGAAAUUAUGGUUUUAAUUAACUGAUUUGGCAGGGUAAUGAGCCACCUGAAAAGAUUCAAAAGUUGAUUUUUGGAGUACUCACCCAUUAUAAAAAUGAAUUACCAACAGCUAUAGUAAGUAUAAACCACAGGUCCACCACCCCUACUUUUAACUUUUUUUUGAGAAUAAUUUUUUAAAGAUUUUUUAUUCUAAUUUUUUAAACACAGUUACUUAAACUACAUGUAAUUUUUUUUCACUUCAGCAAAUGUUAAAAAAGAACUCCGCAAAUUGUCCAGUAUUCAGCCACUGGUGACCCUUCUAGGGCCUGAUGGUAAGUUGAUGUCAAAAUAACCAUAAUUGUAGCAAAGAAAAGUAAAGAGAAAAGAAUGAAAAAUUACUGUGACUCAUACAGAAUUACUAUUUUUAAUUUUUUUGAUUUUUCUGUUGAUUAUUUAGAGGAUGUUUUAUGCCAUGAAUUUGCGAGUUUGGCACUUUCAUCUAUGGCAGGUAAGUUAAUAAAUUAUAGAAUGAUGCUAUUAAGCAUUUCAUAUUGCUUAGAAGAUGUUGAAAUAUUAGUACGGAAAUAUUUCAGACUGUGUAUGACAGAAUUAUAAUGAUAAUGUUUUUAUCUACUUUAAUAAAUUUGUGUUUCAGACACCCAGUGGUGUAUAGAAAAGUUUCAAAACAGCUGUUGGGAGGAGUCCUGCUAUGCUUAUAUGACUUUUUUUCCUUGUAGCUGAGUUUUCUUGCAAAGUGGAGAUAUUUGAACAGGGAGGCCUUGAGCCCAUCAUAAAACUUCUUUCCUCCACUGACUGUGAUGUGCAGGUACGAAGACUGAGAAGAAUCAGAUCUCAGGGCUAAAUCUAAUCUCCUUUAGGAUGAGUUAAACUAAGAAUGCUUGCCAUUCUGUUACAUUUAGUUAAUGGUUAAAUAUUAAAAAAUCGUGCUUAUGCAAGGAUCUGUUUCAUCAUGCAAAUAAAUGGUACAUGUAGUUCUCUUCAGUCUGUACAUGUUUAGAAAAUUAAGUAAUAAAAUUUCUGGUUAUAUACACGGCUGUAUGUAUAGUAAUCUUCUAACACUAGGAAAAAAGUUUCAUCCCGGAGCUCAUCCCAGUUUCUUUCGCUAGAAGCAUGCUAUGGCUGGGAUACUAGUCCAUUGCAGGGUUACCCCCCAGCAGUAUGUCGCUGGUACCCAUUUUGUACACCUGGGUGAAAAGAGAUGAAGUGGAGUAAAGGUCCUUGUCUAAGGAAACAAUGCAACAGGCGAGGCUUAAACCGCAGACCUCUAAAUCCCAAGUUCAAGGUGUUAACUGCUUGGCCACACAUGCCUCCAUGCUAACACUAGGGGACUCUUAGAUUUUUCAAAAUUUAAGGUGGCUCUGAACCUCUUCCAGUCAGUUUUUUUUUACUCUGUAGCCUUCACAGCAAUAGUUAUGGGUGUGCCCAGUGGUAGAUUUGAUUUACUUGUAUAAUAAGCACAUAAAGCUUAAACUUAAGUUUAACUACAGUAAAAAGUAUGGGUGAAGACCUUGAUACUGCAUAUGCCCCAAAAAAUGGAGACAUUAUAAACAGUCCCUGGCACUUUUUGUUUCACUGUCAAGUAUUUUUAUGUUUCUCAGAAAAACUCUGUUGAAGCAAUUUCACUGCUAGUUCAAGAUUACCACAGCAGAUCUGCCAUACGAGAAAUGAAUGGUGAGUAUCAGUGGACUGUUAUAAUGUUAUAGUCAUCUGUGAAUUUGUUAACUGUGAGUGUGCUAUAAAUUUAGUUCCCCUGGCCUUAAGACUUAAGUGGCAUUUGUUCCCUCGCUAUGUUGGGGUGAAGAGACAGCUGUCAUUUCAGGGUAGUGUAUCAUGCCCCCUCUCCCACUAAAAUAAUAAACUGGAUAUAAUUAUCUCAUUGUUAUUAUUAACUAUUAUUACAAUGAAGUUAUGAAUAUAUGAAAAUCAUAGCCUGAAUUUUUUUUUCACAGCUGCAAAAGUUGCGUCUAUAGCUGCAAUGAUCUUCUUUCAUAUUAUUGUUACUACAAUAUUUGAACAUUUAUUUUAUGAAUGGAUUAUAUUAAUAUCUGAUUAUCGCUCUUAGGGUUGCAACCUCUUUUGGCAUUACUAGAUUCAGAGUAUGCCAUCAUUCAACAGCUGGCACUGGAGAGUUUGAUCCAAAUUUCUCUUGAUGGUAAUUGAUUAAUACACUGUUUAUUGUUAUUUAUUGUCUUAUAUAAUUUUAUUUAAGACAACUAAUAUUAUGUACAAGUGUGCUCUAGGAAAAUCUGAGCCCAAGAAUCCAGGUUGUCCAACAAAUACGUUGUACAUGACAUAUUGUAUACUUGUAAAUAAAUUUUAAAAGUGGCAUUUUUUGUCACCCUUGGGCAAAUUAAAUAUCUGUAUUUAAGCUGCAAUGAAGAUGUCAUCAGGAAGGUAGUGCUAGUGAACAUUAUGGUGCAUUCCGUAGAAAACCUGUGGAGACUAGUUUUGCAUUUUUUGUUUUACCAGCUGAUAACAGAGGAGCUUUGAGGGACCUUGAAGGACUUGAAAAACUCGUUGAAUUUGUUGGAAAUAAGGUAAGUGUUGAAAAUGCUCUUGUCAAAUUGAGGAAAUGAAAAAAUAUAUACAUGUGUCUAAUGUGUGACUUCUUGCAGGAAUAUGAGGAUUUACAUGUGCAAGCUUUGCAAGUGUUGUCGAACUGUCUUCAGGAUGUAGAGAGUAUGCAGGUAGUUUACCUUUCAUUUCUCACAUGUUUAAUGGACUUUUUGUAGUAAUGUAAAGUGGGGGUAGUCUUUCUCGAAGUCCUUCCCUGUUACAGCUGUAUGCAUUCAGUUUUUGCACUUUGCUUACACUUUUUGCUUUCCUCACAUGACUUUUGCUGCUCAAUUUUUAGAGAAGUUUAGAUAGGAGAUCACUCUUUGUUGGUUUUCUUUCUAAAAUCUGCUUCAUGGGAUAGAUUUAAAAGGUUUAAAGAGCAAAAAUGUCUGGACAUUAAGUUCCUUCCUUCCUAGCCUUUCACUAUUGGCUUCUAGAUUGUUACUUGAAACUUUUGAAUCUUUUUAGCUUAUUCAGACCUCUGGUGGAUUACAAAAACUUCUUGCAUUUGCUGCCGAAUCCACCAUUCCUGAAGUCCAGCAGCAUGCGGUAUGUUCUUUUAAUAAUUAUUAUGUUUAACCAGAAGCAUAUGCUUCUGGUUUAAGACAUAGAUCAUUCUCAGUAAAUGUGCAUUUAUGUAGUCUAAUUUGGUGGAACAGUUACCAACAAAAAUCAAGAGCUAAAGCCUCAAAUUGUGAUGAUCCUUAGGUCAUUCAAGCCCCUGGCAAGAUUGUAGCUCACAAUAAGCCUUUCCCGGGGCUUAGAGUUUGGGGAAAAACCUGUCAUAGCUGUUAUAUGAAGGGCCUAUAGAAAAAUAAUUUUAUAUUUUAAAUUGGUUAAAUGCUAGCCUGAAUUUCAGCUGUCUUUUUAAGUUGCAAUCUCCCAAGAGAGAUAACGCCUCUUCCCAGGUAACUGAAGGAGCAGAGGAGUCAGAUAAAAUUCAGGCUAGCAGAAUGCUUAAAAAAAUCCAGAGGUAUUGUUUAAUAAACAAGCAGGCAUGUUAUUUUAUAAGUCAGAAAAAUGAUUUCACCCUUUAAUUUGUAAUAUCCACAAUUUGUCAAAAGAUCAAAGCAUUUCUUUCCCUUUGGUGAUCACUUUAAUAAUUCUUGCAACCUUUCUACAUGUUUAUGUAUUGAUUUUGUUAGGAGAAAUUUGAUAUUGGUUACCCUUAGGACUAAAAGGGUUAGGACAUGAAGACUGAACCGCCAGUUUAUUGAUCAUCCCCAUACACUUACAGAUCCCACAGAUCUGUACUGUUGAAUUAUUUUAACAAGAAAGACUGAAGCUAAAUUCUCAACCUUGUUUUAUCAUGGUUAAAGCCACUCAAUUUUAAAGAACUUUUUUAGUAUUGUAUUUCCCCAUGAAAUGACCUACGCGGAUAAGUGUGCCAAGGGAAAAUAUGGUUACCAGAAAGGCUAGCUAUGUAUAUUUAUGUUUCUUAUAACUUUGUCUUAUUUCAGGCAAAAGCUAUAGCCUUAGCAGCAAAGAACGGUAAGCUUGAAUUCUUUAAGUUUCCAGUUUAUUUAUGUCCAGAUCUUGGAGUUUUGGCAUAAUUAAGCACUUCAGCGUGAAAAAUAAUAAUGUACUGCACGAUUUUGUUGAUUGCCAUGUUUCAUUUUAUUGAUUUGUUUUUCCUUUACAAUUUAUCAAAGCCUCCUUAGGCAUCCAGCCCUAAUAACCACUCUUGUCUAAGCUCACAGGACUCAACAGGAAUCUAACAGAUACUACUUUUCUUAGGUGAAAAUCGAAAGAUAUUCCAUGAGCAAGAAUGCGAGAAAACAUUGAUAACACUUCUUGCUACCGAUGUGAGUUGUGGCAGAAGCCUGUUACCCUAAAAAGCUCCUUUUUCUGGUUAUUGUUGUUGUUUAACAUUUUGUUUCUUACAUAGACUACGAGCAGUCUCUCUUUUUAAUCAGAUUUUUUGAGGGAAGUGCACAAGUGCCCAAGCAUUGAGCGGCAAAGCCUCGAGAUGCAAACAAGGGCAGCACCCCAAGGAGAAAAACAGAGAGUCUCUUCAUUCAUUCCAGUUACGCACGCAUCUAUGUUUGUCCUCUCAAUCGCGACAUUUACAUUUACAUUUACAUUUACCUGUUCAUUUUUGUCUCCUGUGUUUCACUGGACAAACUAGAACCUGAUGAGACUGCUCGAAGUCUGUGUCUUUCAUGUCAGUAUGACUGACAUCUUAAUCUUUCUAGACAUCCCUGGUCAUCCCAGUCGUCCCUAGUCAUCCCUUCUCAUCCUUAGUCAUUUCAGUCAUCCCAGUCAUCCUACUCUUCCCUUCUCAUCCUUAGUCAUUUCAGUCAUCCCAGUCAUCUCAGUCAUCCUUGUCAUUCCAGUCAUCCCUGGUCAUCCCAGUCAUCACUAGUCAUUUCAGUCAUCCCAGUCAUUUCAGUCAUCCUAGUCAUCCCAGUCAUUCCUACUCAUCCCAGUAAUUCCUAGCAAUCCCUAGUCAUCCCAAGUCAUCUCAGUCAUCCCAAUAAUCCUAUUCAUCCCAUUCAUCCUUAGUCAUCCCAGUCAUCCCUAGUCAUCCCCAGUCAUCCCCAGUCAUCCCUAGUCAUCCUUAGUCAUCCAAGUCCUCCCAAGCAUCCCAGUCAUCCCUAGUGAUCCCUAGUCAUAUUAGUCAUCCCUAGACAUCCCAGUCAUCCUUAGUCAUCCCUACACAUCCUAGUCAUCCCUAGUGAUCCCAGUCAUCCUUAGUCAUCCCUUGUCAUCCCUAGUCAUCCGUAGUCAUUCUAGUGAUUCUGGGCAGUCAUCCUAGUCAUUCCUAGUCAUCCCUAGUCAUCCCUAGUCAUCCCUAGUCAUCCCUAGUCAUCCCAGUCAUCCCUAGUCAUCCCUAGUCAUCCCAGUCAUCCCUAGUCAUCCCUAGUCAUCCCAGUCAUCCCUAGUCAUCCCUAGUCAUCCUAGUCAUCCCUAGUCAUCCCUAGUCAUCCCUAGUCAUCCCAGUCAUCCCUAGUCAUCCCUAGUCAUCCCAGUCAUCCCUAGUCAUCCCUAGUCAUCCCAGUCAUCCCUAGUCAUCCCUAGUCAUCCUAGUCAUCCCUAGUCAUCCCUAGUCAUCCCAGUCAUCCCUAGUCAUCCCUAGUCAUCCCAGUCAUCCCUAGUCAUCCCUAGUCAUCCCAGUCAUCCCUAGUCAUCCCUAGUCAUCCCAGUCAUCCCUAGUCAUCCCUAGUCAUCCCAGUCAUCCCUAGUCAUCCCUAGUCAUCCCAGUCAUCCCUAGUCAUCCCUAGUCAUCCCAGUCAUCCCUAGUCAUCCCUAGUCAUCCCAGUCAUCCCUAGUCAUCCCUAGUCAUCCCAGUCAUCCCUAGUCAUCCCUAGUCAUCCCAGUCAUCCCUAGUCAUCCCUAGUCAUCCCAGUCAUCCCUAGUCAUCCCUAGUCAUCCCAGUCAUCCCUAGUCAUCCCUAGUCAUCCCAGUCAUCCCUAGUCAUCCCUAGUCAUCCCAGUCAUCCCUAGUCAUCCCUAGUCAUCCCAGUCAUCCCUAGUCAUCCCUAGUCAUCCCAGUCAUCCCUAGUCAUCCCUAGUCAUCCCAGUCAUCCCUAGUCAUCCCUAGUCAUCCCAGUCAUCCCUAGUCAUCCCUAGUCAUCCCAGUCAUCCCUAGUCAUCCCUAGUCAUCCCAGUCAUCCCUAGUCAUCCCUAGUCAUCCCAGUCAUCCCUAGUCAUCCCUAGUCAUCCCAGUCAUCCCUAGUCAUCCCUAGUCAUCCCAGUCAUCCCUAGUCAUCCCUAGUCAUCCCAGUCAUCCCUAGUCAUCCCUAGUCAUCCCUAGUCAUCCCUAGUCAUCCCUAGUCAUCCCUAGUCAUCCCAGUCAUCCCUAGUCAUCCCUAGUCAUCCCUAGUCAUCCCUAGUCAUCCCUAGUCAUCCCAGUCAUCCCUAGUCAUCCCUAGUCAUCCCUAGUCAUCCCAGUCAUCCCUAGUCAUCCCUAGUCAUCCCAGUCAUCCCUAGUCAUCCCUAGUCAUCCCAGUCAUCCCUAGUCAUCCCUAGUCAUCCCAGUCAUCCCUAGUCAUCCCUAGUCAUCCCAGUCAUCCCUAGUCAUCCCUAGUCAUCCCAGUCAUCCCUAGUCAUCCCUAGUCAUCCCAGUCAUCCCUAGUCAUCCCUAGUCAUCCCAGUCAUCCCUAGUCAUCCCUAGUCAUCCCAGUCAUCCCUAGUCAUCCCUAGUCAUCCCAGUCAUCCCUAGUCAUCCCUAGUCAUCCCAGUCAUCCCUAGUCAUCCCUAGUCAUCCCAGUCAUCCCUAGUCAUCCCUAGUCAUCCCAGUCAUCCCUAGUCAUCCCUAGUCAUCCCAGUCAUCCCUAGUCAUCCCUAGUCAUCCCAGUCAUCCCUAGUCAUCCCUAGUCAUCCCAGUCAUCCCUAGUCAUCCCUAGUCAUCCCAGUCAUCCCUAGUCAUCCCUAGUCAUCCCAGUCAUCCCUAGUCAUCCCUAGUCAUCCCAGUCAUCCCUAGUCAUCCCUAGUCAUCCCAGUCAUCCCUAGUCAUCCCUAGUCAUCCCAGUCAUCCCUAGUCAUCCCUAGUCAUCCCAGUCAUCCCUAGUCAUCCCUAGUCAUCCCAGUCAUCCCUAGUCAUCCCUAGUCAUCCCAGUCAUCCCUAGUCAUCCCUAGUCAUCCCAGUCAUCCCUAGUCAUCCCUAGUCAUCCCAGUCAUCCCUAGUCAUCCCUAGUCAUCCCAGUCAUCCCUAGUCAUCCCUAGUCAUCCCAGUCAUCCCUAGUCAUCCCUAGUCAUCCCAGUCAUCCCUAGUCAUCCCUAGUCAUCCCAGUCAUCCCUAGUCAUCCCUAGUCAUCCCAGUCAUCCCUAGUCAUCCCUAGUCAUCCCAGUCAUCCCUAGUCAUCCCUAGUCAUCCCAGUCAUCCCUAGUCAUCCCUAGUCAUCCCAGUCAUCCCUAGUCAUCCCUAGUCAUCCCAGUCAUCCCUAGUCAUCCCUAGUCAUCCCAGUCAUCCCUAGUCAUCCCUAGUCAUCCCAGUCAUCCCUAGUCAUCCCUAGUCAUCCCAGUCAUCCCUAGUCAUCCCUAGUCAUCCCAGUCAUCCCUAGUCAUCCCUAGUCAUCCCAGUCAUCCCUAGUCAUCCCUAGUCAUCCCAGUCAUCCCUAGUCAUCCCUAGUCAUCCCAGUCAUCCCUAGUCAUCCCUAGUCAUCCCAGUCAUCCCUAGUCAUCCCUAGUCAUCCCAGUCAUCCCUAGUCAUCCCUAGUCAUCCCAGUCAUCCCUAGUCAUCCCUAGUCAUCCCAGUCAUCCCUAGUCAUCCCUAGUCAUCCCUAGUCAUCCCAGUCAUCCCUAGUCAUCCCUAGUCAUCCCUAGUCAUCCCAGUCAUCCCUAGUCAUCCCUAGUCAUCCCAGUCAUCCCUAGUCAUCCCUAGUCAUCCCAGUCAUCCCUAGUCAUCCCUAGUCAUCCCAGUCAUCCCUAGUCAUCCCUAGUCAUCCCAGUCAUCCCUAGUCAUCCCUAGUCAUCCCAGUCAUCCCUAGUCAUCCCUAGUCAUCCCAGUCAUCCCUAGUCAUCCCUAGUCAUCCCAGUCAUCCCUAGUCAUCCCUAGUCAUCCCAGUCAUCCCUAGUCAUCCCUAGUCAUCCCAGUCAUCCCUAGUCAUCCCUAGUCAUCCCAGUCAUCCCUAGUCAUCCCUAGUCAUCCCAGUCAUCCCUAGUCAUCCCUAGUCAUCCCAGUCAUCCCUAGUCAUCCCUAGUCAUCCCAGUCAUCCCUAGUCAUCCCUAGUCAUCCCAGUCAUCCCUAGUCAUCCCUAGUCAUCCCAGUCAUCCCUAGUCAUCCCUAGUCAUCCCAGUCAUCCCUAGUCAUCCCUAGUCAUCCCAGUCAUCCCUAGUCAUCCCUAGUCAUCCCAGUCAUCCCUAGUCAUCCCUAGUCAUCCCAGUCAUCCCUAGUCAUCCCUAGUCAUCCCAGUCAUCCCUAGUCAUCCCUAGUCAUCCCAGUCAUCCCUAGUCAUCCCUAGUCAUCCCAGUCAUCCCUAGUCAUCCCUAGUCAUCCCAGUCAUCCCUAGUCAUCCCUAGUCAUCCCUAGUCAUCCCUAGUCAUCCCUAGUCAUCCCUAGUCAUCCCAGUUAUCCCUAGUCAUCCCAGUCAUCCCUAGUCAUCCCUAGUCAUCCCUAGUCAUCCCAGUCAUCCCUAGUCAUCCCUAGUCAUCCCAGUCAUCCCUAGUCAUCCCUAGUCAUCCCAGUCAUCCCUAGUCAUCCCUAGUCAUCCCUAGUCAUCCCAGUCAUCCCUAGUCAUCCCUAGUCAUCCCUAGUCAUCCCAGUCAUCCCUAGUCAUCCCUAGUCAUCCCUAGUCAUCCCAGUCAUCCCUAGUCAUCCCUAGUCAUCCCUAGUCAUCCCAGUCAUCCCUAGUCAUCCCUAGUCAUCCCUAGUCAUCCCAGUCAUCCCUAGUCAUCCCUAGUCAUCCCUAGUCAUCCCAGUCAUCCCUAGUCAUCCCUAGUCAUCCCUAGUCAUCCCAGUCAUCCCUAGUCAUCCCUAGUCAUCCCUAGUCAUCCCAGUCAUCCCUAGUCAUCCCUAGUCAUCCCUAGUCAUCCCAGUCAUCCCUAGUCAUCCCUAGUCAUCCCUAGUCAUCCCAGUCAUCCCUAGUCAUCCCUAGUCAUCCCUAGUCAUCCCAGUCAUCCCUAGUCAUCCCUAGUCAUCCCUAGUCAUCCCAGUCAUCCCUAGUCAUCCCUAGUCAUCCCUAGUCAUCCCAGUCAUCCCUAGUCAUCCCUAGUCAUCCCUAGUCAUCCCAGUCAUCCCUAGUCAUCCCUAGUCAUCCCUAGUCAUCCCAGUCAUCCCUAGUCAUCCCUAGUCAUCCCUAGUCAUCCCAGUCAUCCCUAGUCAUCCCUAGUCAUCCCUAGUCAUCCCAGUCAUCCCUAGUCAUCCCUAGUCAUCCCUAGUCAUCCCAAGUCAUCCGUAGUCAUCCCUAGUCAUCUCUAGUCAUCCCUAGUCAUCCCUGUCAUCCCUAGUCAUUCCAGUCAUUCCAGUCAUUCCUAGGCAUUCCUAGUCAUCCCUAGUCAUCGUUAGUCAUCCCAGGCAUCCUUAGUCAUCCCUUGUCAUCCCAGUCAUCCCAGUCAUCCCUAGUCAUCCCUAGUCAUCCGAGUCAUCCUUAGUCAUCCCUAGUCAUCCCUAGUCAUCCCUAGUCAUCCCAGUUAUUCUUAGUCAUCCAUAGUCAUCCAUAGUCAUCCUCAGUCAUCCCAGUCAUCCCAGUCAUUCUUAGUCAUCCCUAGUCAUCCCAGUCAUCCCUAGUCAUCCCUAGUCAUCCCUAAUCAUCCCUAGUCAUUCCAAUCAUCCCUAGUCAUUCCUAGUCAUCCGUACUCAUCCCAAUCAUCCCUAGUCAUCCCCAGUCAUCUCUAGUCAUCCCUAGUCAUCCCAGUCAUCCCUAGUCAUCCCUAGUCAUGCCUUGUCAUCUCAGUCAUCCUUAGUCAUCCCUAGUCAUGCCUAUUCAUCCCUAGUCAUCCCAGUCAUCCCUAGUCAUCCCUAGUCAUCCCAGUCAUCCCUUGUCAUCCCUAAUCAUCCCAGUCAUCCCUUGUCAUCCCUUGUCAUCCCAGUCAUCCCUAAUCAUCCCCAGUCAUCCCAGUCAUCCCUAGUCAACCCUAGUCAUCCCUUGUCAUCCCUUGUCAUCCUUUGUCAUCCCUAGUCAUCCUAGUCAUUCCUAUUCAUUCCUAGUCAUCCCUAGUCAUCCCUUGGCAUCCCUUGUCAUUCUUUGUCAUCCCUAGUCAUCCUAGUCAUUCCUAUUCACCCCAGUCAUCCCUAGUCAUCCCAGUCGACUCCUGCUUGCAUAUAUUGCACAAUUUAUUUAUAAUUGCAUUAGUUUGGAGAGAAGUUUUGAUCAACCGGUCUCUUGAGGAUGAUGUUGUGAUAGAAAUCUUUUUUAGUAAAUGUUUGUGGGAAAAACAAACAAACAACGCAUUUUUUAAGUUUUCACAUCAUCAUAAAACUCGAUUUAGGUCUCUUUCUCCCGGUUGGUCUUUCUACCUCCCUGUGGUGGAAGGGGGAGAUGAAAGAUCGUGGAAAAGGGGUUUAUCCAAGGCACGUUGCCAAAGUGGCCUAUACAAUGAGUCUAGAAGAUGAGUCUGGAUGAAAUCAUAUGGUGUUAUAGGUCAAAGGAAGCUCUUUAAGGGGUAUUUCGCAUGUUACUAUAUGGUUUUAACGCAAUUUUACGAAGGAAAAUUGUAAAUUUUACCUUGAAUUUGUAAUUCUUGGCAGCUAGAGGGUAAAAUUUACAUCCAAGUUUGCGAGAUUAAAACUGACUUUCUGCUAUUGUACUUACUAGAACCCUGGGGUCCAGGCCUCAGCAUCUUUAGCUCUGGCAGUUAUGUCCGAGAAUCUCAGCAGUAGAGACGUGGUAGGAAAACUGGGUAAGAGUUCUCUCUUGUUUUGUAUAGUUUGCAGUAACUGUCAGCUUGCUGUUAGCAAUUGAGUAUUUCUAGAACUACAGCAAGUGUAUCGCCCUUAUUGUUAUUUUGUUAGCACAUUGACGUUUCUAUGGGGUUUGCCUUGUAUAGCAUUUAGCGUUUUUGGAUGAUAUUCCAAAGAGGGGUCAAAGAAGUGAGCUGGAAAAACGAUGCAACAAAUGUUGCAUAUUGUUUGGCGAGAUAGAGGUAGUUGAGGCGAUUUGAGGUGUGUUUUGGAUGGUUCGAGUGUUGAGAAGUCACCUCCGAUAACUCCGAAAUAGAGUUGAGACGGAGGUCUUUUGGGGUUAUUAUAUGUUUCUGGGAAACUACCCACCGACCCCUCUCCUAAGCCAACAUUUUGCCCUGAGUGAGAAGUAAUCCGUAUUUUGUAUAGAUACCGGGAAAAUGGAUCUAAAAGGUGAAAUAUGAUGUAACNUCCAAGGCACGUUGCCAAAGUGGCCUAUACAAUGAGUCUAGAAGAUGAGUCUGGAUGAAAUCAUAUGGUGUUAUAGGUCAAAGGAAGCUCUUUAAGGGGUAUUUCGCAUGUUACUAUAUGGUUUUAACGCAAUUUUACGAAGGAAAAUUGUAAAUUUUACCUUGAAUUUGUAAUUCUUGGCAGCUAGAGGGUAAAAUUUACAUCCAAGUUUGCGAGAUUAAAACUGACUUUCUGCUAUUGUACUUACUAGAACCCUGGGGUCCAGGCCUCAGCAUCUUUAGCUCUGGCAGUUAUGUCCGAGAAUCUCAGCAGUAGAGACGUGGUAGGAAAACUGGGUAAGAGUUCUCUCUUGUUUUGUAUAGUUUGCAGUAACUGUCAGCUUGCUGUUAGCAAUUGAGUAUUUCUAGAACUACAGCAAGUGUAUCGCCCUUAUUGUUAUUUUGUUAGCACAUUGACGUUUCUAUGGGGUUUGCCUUGUAUAGCAUUUAGCGUUUUUGGAUGAUAUUCCAAAGAGGGGUCAAAGAAGUGAGCUGGAAAAACGAUGCAACAAAUGUUGCAUAUUGUUUGGCGAGAUAGAGGUAGUUGAGGCGAUUUGAGGUGUGUUUUGGAUGGUUCGAGUGUUGAGAAGUCACCUCCGAUAACUCCGAAAUAGAGUUGAGACGGAGGUCUUUUGGGGUUAUUAUAUGUUUCUGGGAAACUACCCACCGACCCCUCUCCUAAGCCAACAUUUUGCCCUGAGUGAGAAGUAAUCCGUAUUUUGUAUAGAUACCGGGAAAAUGGAUCUAAAAGGUGAAAUAUGAUGUAACUAUUUCCAGAGUGACAGUAACGAUUUCGUUUGAUUCCAGACGGUAUUCCGCCAUUAAUUAAUCUACUCAACAACGACAACCCUGAUGUAAAAGAAGGCGCAACACUCGCUCUGGCUAACAUAACCACUGCUAACAACACAAAUUGCGGGUAAGUUUAUUUGUUUUUAGAUGUUUGCUGACCAAGACAGACACUCAUUCCGUUUCCCUAUUGUAUUAAAAGAAAUCUAAGUAUAAAAUGAGAAAAACAGUGUUGACUUAAGAACCUCUUCUGUUAACACUUUCACUCUUAUCGGUGACCAAAGUAAAAAUUCCCAUUUUUUUAGUAGUACGUGAAAGUUCGACCGAAGAGGUUUCGUAUGAAUAGCAAGUCGCCCGAAGGUCAUCUCUCGUUGUAAAGUCGAACGUCAUGUUAGGGUGAAGUUUUGUUAAAAACAAAUUCGCCCGCUAUGAAGUAUUCCAGAAAUAUCACUGUGACUUAUGCUAACAAUAGCUUUCAGGAACGCAAUAAUCGUGAUACAGUAGGAAGUUCUCCUAACCGACACUCAGCCGCCUUCAGAUAACCCCGUUUUUCUUAACUCCUAUUCAAACUCUGUAUUUUUACAUUCCCAAAAGCGGCCAGUUCCAGUUGAGGACACUUUUUUCGCGUUUCGAGGAUAUCCGCUUACGAGAGCUUCCGCUUACGGUCCGUUUUGACGUUUUAUGUGUUUGUAGUGACGUGGUAGACAAGGGAGGUGUUGAACCGCUGAUCACUCUUCUGAAUGACCCCAAGCAGCUGGUUCAAGCCAAUGCUGCUGUGUGCCUCACCAAUCUAGCUACUGAAGGUAUGUUAAGUUACAGAUUUUGUAGGGAGGGGAGAGUGGAAGGGGUGUAAGUGGUGUGCAGUAUUGAAUUUCCCCUACCCCACCCCUCACUUCCGUCUUCAAUUCGAUCAAAGUACACUGGAGUUAUCCGUUAUCGCAUUUUUUGUCCUUGAAUUAGUUGGAUCACUAAUAGAGAGCUUCAGAUUUGAGGACAAGAGUACAAGUACAAGAUUUAAAUCAAAGAUUUUGCGCUUGUUCUCCAAAAAAAAGAAAAAGAUACCCCGGAAAGCUUCAUUUUACUUUUUUUCACCAAAAAAGUUAGUACGGUUAUUUAUAGUGAAGGAGGUUAAGCCCUCUGCCAAUAGAAAAAUGAUAAAACUUCUUACAUUUGAUAACUUGUUCCCGCCACUACCACAUUCUCACUAAAACUCGUAGUAGAAUGACGACGGCUACCACGUUUUCCCGCUAAAAUGACGCUGAUUCACGCGUGAGCAAUACUCAGUAUUGAGAAAACCUCGUACUCAUAGUCGUCCUCAUCUCAGAAUCUAAAGCUCUGUAAUGGUUUGUGUUUCCUAAAAUUCCUCAUUGGUUUCGUGAAUCUUCUUUUAGAGUCUUGGAGAUCCGAGAUUCAGCAGAGAGGAGUUGUUCCAGCUCUUGUCCAAGCGUUACAGUCUAAGUAAGUAGAAACAUUUUGAAAAUCCAGAAUACCUUUGUUCAGGACGAAUUAUCUCUGAUCGAUUAUGAUAGCCGAUAAACGUAGUGAAUUUUGUAAUGUAAAACUCACAAGAACCUGUUCAUACGGAGCCGUCACACAUAACCUAUAGUGAAUAGCCCAAUUCUUACCAUGAAAUUCACAACUGCACCACUUCAACCAGAUCUUCAAAUGAUGAAUAUUAUUUCUUUUGUACAGUGCCGCAAUAGUGCAAAGUAAAGCUGGAAUCGCUGUGGCUGCCUUCGUGUGCGACGCUGACUCAAGAAAUGAGGUGAGCAUAACACUGACUUUUAGAGUCCAUUCUAAAGGUUUGUAUUGUAAUUGUGAUCGUUAAUCUUAACUUAAAAGGAGUUUUCCCUUCUGAUACUUGACAAUAUUAAAGGGGUUCAGAAUGCGGUUCACAUGCGAACAAGUACGAUUACACCUAACCCAUCUAUUGACCUUGCACUUACGCUAUGCUACUGAGCGAAAAAGACCACAACGCACGAAAAAAAAAAGAAUAGAAGGACAAAACAUUCGAUUACAAUCUACGUACUACUUUUGAUUCCAGCUUCCUCUUGCAAAGUGAUGGUUACGACUCGAACUGUCUCUCUAGUUGCACUUGUCAACCUUCAAAUUACUGUGACAGUAGGGAACUUAAGCAAACAAGAACGCUGACGUCCGGCGCCAGCUUGCAUAAAACGUUCUUAAGAUAAGAGGGUUCUUAACUUUUGUUCUGACACAAUAACCUAUUGUUUUAAGAUAAUAACUACGAGUUCCCUUAAUCUUAAGAUGUUUUUUUGCAACCCGACCCCGGACGUCAUGAAUAACAACUGGAAGUUCGAUGUCUCGCAUAACGAAUCUGAAUUCCUUUGCCUGCUCAACGAAUUUGCAGAGUCAGAGCACUGAAAGAGAGAAAUCACUUUUUGACGCUCGGGACGUCAACGUUCUCGGUGCUUAAGGACCCUAGUUACUAUUAAUAUUAACCCUAGAACAUGUUGAAAACCUUAACGCGUAUAUUUUGGACGCGUAAUGUAGGCUAUCACUAGCAGAAGUUUAUAUUUUUUUCUGUCUCAUUUGCUCUGACAGUUCCGCGCGGAAGGUGGCCUUCCUCGUCUGGUUGAGUUAUUGCGUUCAGGCAAUGAUGAUGUAAGACGGAGCGUGGCCUGGGCCGUGCUUCAGUGUGGUAACGAUUUACCAACCGCUACGGAGAUUUGUAGACUGGGGUGAGAAAAAAUUUUGCGAUAGAAAUUCUUUGAUUUUCUUUGUUUUUGAAAGUUUUCAAGAAGAACCUAAAUCAGGAGAUGGGCUCCUGCCUAAAUCUGAUGCUCAGCUGAUAAAUGGGGUAUUAAGAAUGUUUUUGCGGCUUUUUGUCCGUAAUUAAGUUGUAUGAUGCAGUUCGGUUAUUUCAUUUUUAUGUUAUUUAUUAUUUUUGCCUUUCGUUAAUUGGGUAAGUUGUGGUCAAAACUUUUUGAUGGUUUAAAAUUUUGUCAUAGCUAAAGACAAAGGCAAAAACUUUAAGCUGAUUUUUGUGAGAAAUUUCAAAUCAUGCAAAAAUGUUAAACAUGUGCAUAUUGGCCCAUAAAUCAGCCUUAACCCUUUAAGCCGUGAGAGUGAUCAGAAUGAAAUUCCUCCUUGUAAUAUCCCUGCUCCAUAAAAUAAGGUGAUCAGGAGAAUUGAGGAUCAAUGAUCACAAAGGAUGAAUCUAAUUGGUGCUUCAACAAAUUUCUCCCCACUACUUCUAGUGAAUGAAAACUUAUAGGGACAUUCAAUGAGAAUUUGAGUUUUGAUAUUAGGGUUUGUCUGCUUUAAUCUGUAGUGGUUUGGAUGUGUUAGGAGAGAUUUCCUUGUCCAGUUCUCGCCAGUCUGGUUUUGCGAAAGCCGCCAUGGAAUGUCUCCUGGACAGUAACCUUCCCGCAAAGUACGCUCUGACAGGCUGUCUAAGUUCUAACAACAUCAUACAGGAUGGAUUCUACGAUUGUGGACCGGUAAACAUUCUGUUCAAGUUAAGCGCACAGAUCGCUCUAGCAAUUUAUGAGACAGAACGGAAGAAAGUUUCUCGGCAGUCGGUUCGAGAGACCACGAUGGCGCACUUGUUUUUGUAGCAGAUAAGUAGUGAGAAAAUUAUACGAGACAGAGCAGCUGGGAUUAAAAUGUGAAACGUAAUCGCCCUUUCUGUUCUUGGUUAAAUUCUCUCCACCGUCUUUCUGUCACCGCUGACUUUCAAUUUCAGUUUUCGCCCGAAGAAUAGUAAACAUUCAAACAAACAAAAGUAUAGAAAUAAUAAUAAUAAAUUAAACACGCAUCAAUAAGAACUUCGCGGCUGGUUUGCCGCAAAGCUCCUGUAAUAUGUCUCGAAAUGCCAGUCACAAGACUUUUGCUCAUUUCAAACAAAAUUGUGCAGCCAAUUCUUUUUAGUGACGUCAUAAACGGUUUUGACGCAACGCACGCGCAUGUAUUUUUCUUCCUUCGCGCGCGCCUUACUCUGCCUUACGGAAUAGACAAAAAAACGGAAUUCUCGAACGUUAGUCUUUUGACUGAGUUUGCUGUCGAGGAAAAAAAACAAUGUCGCCUAUUUCUAUCGGAAACUGUAACAUAAAGCAUAAACUUAAUUCAAAAAGGGCUUUCAAAGCUUUAUACAGCCGCAAAGCUCCUGCAAUUUCGAAAUGCCAGUCCGAGGACUUCUGCUCAUUUUCAACAGAAGUGUGCUGCCAAUUCUUUUUUAAGUGACGUCAUAAACAGUUUUGACGCACGCACGCGCAUAUUUUUUUUCUUCGCUUGCACCUUACGGAAAACUAUAACAUAAAACAUAAACGCAAUCCAGAAAGGGCUUCCAAAGUUUUAUAGUUUGAUUCGUUUGGCGCAAAUCUUAUACACAGUAAAAAGAACACAAUUAAUGAACAUUAAAGUGAAAAGUUGUUUGGCGUUCAGUCAAGUUAAUGUGAUAAGAAACGUUUAAAGUAACUCAACAACAAGGCUAUAAGAAUUAAGCUGAUUGUAGUGUGGUUACAUAUUUGUUUAGAUUCGCCCUGAUAGCCGGUUCUUGACACUUGAGGAGCUCAGUUCACAGCCAACAGAUGCUCACCGACCGAUAAUUCUGGUCAACUCCAAAAACCCCGAAAGGUAAGUCGUUACGACGAGUAGUUUCAAUAUCUCAUUACCAAGUAAUCAAGAGAUUUCUUCAAUUCUUUUACUUUCGAGAGUAUCAAUAAGUUAUACUGCCGACGACGUUUCUUGACACGGCUACACUUUGGGAUUUCAUCCACAGACGCAAAUGGCAGACCCACGUUGUACAGCGUAAUAUCUAGCACCAUUGGAAAGCUUGUAUUUGAAUGAUCAAAUUUACGGAUUUUAUCCACAGACUUAAAAAUAAGUACCACAGGAAAGUACUGCUCAGUUGCUUUCAUUUGAAUGGUCUAGGUUUAGGUUUUUUUUAGUAGAGAAGACCUUGUGAUGUGAUUUUCGCCCGUGAACUUCCAAGCCUGUUCAUCGUUGAGUUUGUUUGUUUGUUGUUUUUUCUUUUCGUUCCUUCAGAAAAACUCCUUCGCCAGUUCUCGCUCCCAAAGAACCAGAAAAAAGCCCAGAGAGACUCGCAAAGGGUUCAAAAUCCAGCAAAGACUUAAAGGGGUUAGUAACCAUGGUCUUGUUGUUCUUCUACUUUAUUGCGAACACUAACGAAGGUCGAUACUUCUGCGAAGAGCAGCGUUUUGUUAUUUCUGUGGGAAAGCCAGGUUUCUUUUUACUCAACACUUCUAUUCUUUUUGCUGAAAGACUUGCAACACACGCUGAUUUUGCAAGAGUAUACAGUGAUCUGUUUUACGACGUAAACCAUGGCGAGAUACUCAAUGGGGGGCUUUUGCCUUUAAAAGUGUCAAAAAGACUGACUGACGAGUAACCUCCCACGCAGGCGUUUUUAUGGGAGCUCGUAUUUCGUUCUUCCCCACAAACGCCUGCUCAACCGAAGACAACAUUCCCUUCCCAAGCUUAGCCAAUCAGAUUGUACCUUCCAAAUUCUGGAAGGUUGACCUUGACCGCAGGGUACCCCGAUGGAUACUCGAUCUGCAUGAAACAUUGGGAAAGCUUUAUAACCUCUAAUAAAUGUUAGACUCAGAGCGGCAAAAGUUAAGACUUAGUCAGAUUUUAGAAUACUCCGUGCACUGCAUAACCUUAAAGGAAGGAAAGAAUAGAAGGGAAAGGUAUCUCUAGGGUCACGUUUUUACACUACCACGAGUUAAUGAAUCGUGUUUAGCCUGUCAACACUUUAUUUCAAAACUUUUGAUUGGUCACUUACCACGCGAAUGAAACAAUGGGAAAGGAAUGUUGUUCUCGGUUGAGCAGGCGUUUGUGGGGAGCGACGAAAUACGAGCUUCCGGAAAAACGCCUGCGUAGGAGGCUAACUGACGAGUGGCAGUGACCAAUUCCUGGUGUUCGCUGAAGUUAAGUUUCCGUUUUUAAAGAGAGGGUUACUCGUAUCUCAGUCUGUUUUGAGAGAUUGCUUAUUCUUCUGUCCUUUCCUUCAGUAAAAAUAAGAUCACGCGCGAACGAGAGGAGCAGAAACAAAAGGAAGAAGAGGCCGCUUUGUCCGAAGUCUCAGCCACGCAACAGGAGGAAGUACCCACCUGGCAGCCCCCUACUGAUGAGGUGCUACAUGGUUAUAUUGAGGAGGUUCGGAACACUAUCCAACCCCUUAGCAACAGUAGCGAGCAGAUAGUAGCACUUGCAAGGUAAGUAUUAAUAACUAUAUGGGACUUAACCCUUUGAUACCCAAAAGUGACCAACAUCAAUUUUCUCCUAACAAUAACCAUAGAUUGUCAAGAGAAAUGGUUGUAAGAAUGAAUAAAAUGAUCACCAAAGACAAAAUGCUUUGAUCUUUUAUCAAAUUCUCUCCACUAAUCUUAAAGGGAAUGUAUGAAGAUCAGUGUGGAGAAUUUGUAUGUGGAACAGAGCAACGCGCGGGACGUGUUAUAGGGGUGCUUACCAUUGAGCGAAAAAUCCCAAAUCUGUCGGACGGAACCGAAGAAUUAUUGUAGAGUCUUUUUUUUCGGAAAUUCCGACCGGAAAAUAAGGAGUACGUACCGUAAUUUACCAUUUCCGUGAGGAAACCGAUAUUUUUACGAAGCAAAACUUAGGACUUAUAAAUUUCUGUCGAUAAUUGCGUAUAAAAUUUCCACAAUUCGGGUUUAUUUCCGGAAAAAUGAAGCCGCCUAAGCCAGGGAACACGAAUUUCCUUUUGGAACAUUCCGACUGGGAAACCUUUUUAGACGUGCCGUUUGGUGCUGAAAAGUUUCCACUGGAACGACCUGAAACGCCUUGUUUGAUUUACUUUCCAACCGAAAUUCCCGGAAACUUUUGUGAAUGGUUAAUCAUUUCACUUGCCCUUUCAUUCCGGGGGAGCGAUAAUGGUCGGGUGUAUUCGCAGGCUAGGUUGGUCUGAACCGAAUGGAAUUUCUCUUUUCAUUUACCUCUUUCUUACGCUGACUUCACGUAUUGAUGUCAACCAGUAGCGCCAUGGUUCUGUAACAAAAGAUUCUUUUGUUUCAUUCGUUACAAAUUUGAAAAACAAAAACAAUAAUUACAAACAGUGAUGUCUCCUAUUCCAGAUUGAAACUGACCAAUCGCUAACCAACUGACAAUGGGUACUUUAUCCAGAUUUUUCAGUCAAAUGGAAGGCCCUCAAGGUGCUGCAUCGUACCCAGGUGCUUCUUGGGAUUUUCGACAAGUAGUCGCGGCGCAAAGAUCAAGAGAAAGCCUUAAAAAACGGAGAGAAACAAGGGAAGGCUCAACGUGAACUUUUUCAUCAUUCCCACGACCCCAUGCUCCGAGACUACCGCCGAAAAUCCCGAGAAGCGCCUGGGUACGAGGCGGCCCAAGAUGUCCUUUUCUGGAAGGUGUCUUAUAGAAGCUAGAAAGAGUUGACUGUGUUGUGGUCUCUAAUCUCUGUUUGAUGUCAUUUCUUCGCAGCUUUGUCAGUGAUAAGAUGGGCGGCUCUGUGGACCGAGAAUCGCUAUCAACGUUCAGUUAUGAACUACCCAUUGGUCAACUAAAAGUCGAACUGAACUCCAAUAUCAUUCCUAUAGGCAAGAUACAAACCGGAAUAUUUUAUCACCGAGCUUUGCUUUUUAAGGUAAAUUAAGGCUACGUUCACACGGCACCGGACGAAUUUCGACCUGCUAAAAAUUUGACCAGACUUGGUUCACACGAGACCGUUCAAUAUUCAUUUGCCCUGUUCAAACGGAACUUUCAGCGGCUUGGCGUCUAAAGUUUUGUACGGUUAGGUUGAUGACCUGUGAACGGAACACCUUACUGCACGUAUACUAAAACGGGUGAUUUUCACAAUUGUUUAGUACCAACAGAAUCGGCAAAGAUCAAUCCCAUGUGCCUUUCUUUAAGUAGCCGUGUUUGUAGUAAGAUAAAACUAGUCGAGUACCGAGUUACUAUGGCGACAUAUAUCAUAGAGAAAUAAAAACGUUUGCUUAACUAUAAGCCAGAAAAUGUACUGUUGCUAGUGAAUAUGAGAUGGUGAUCUUCAAGCGGCUUCUGAGGGGAAAAUUAAGAUAUCAUUUUUCAUCUACGACCCAAAGGAAACCAAGCGUGCUGUUCCUUUUGUAGGCUCUUGCAGACCGCAUUGCUCUGAGCUGUUCGCUGAUUCGAGGAGAGUACAAUAGGGCCUGGAACGAGGUGAUGCUUUGCGAUGAAGCACAGGUAAGAAAGCGACCUAUGUCGCUUAAUCCCAACCACCCUGCUUUGUAUGGAUCAUUUCGGGGUGUUGAUGGCACAAACUACUACUGUACUCUACUCUACCUAGAGCGCUUCCCCUUUAUUAUUAACUACUUCAGGUUCUGGUUGCUCGAAGGUUGGCUAACACUAUUCACCGGAUAAACCGCCAUCCAGGGGAUAAGUAUUACGAAAACCAAUUGAACUAUCCUCUGGAUAAUUUUUUUUUCCGGUGGAUAGCAUUAUCCACCUUUGAACAGCUAAGUUCUGUUCGCCAAAAGCCGACGUUGCGUCACAUUCUUUCCUCAAUGCCCAUUUUUCACUUCUUAUAUGAGUUGAACCAGCAAAAACCUUUAAUCGACCGUAAUGACCCUUGUUGCUAGCCUCCUAGACAGACGUUCUUAGGCCUUUGUCAAGCCUUCCUCUCCCAGGAACGUUCGCGGGUGAGGAACGCGUGACAAAGCCUUAAGAACGUGUGCGUAGGUUUCCUUGUUGUAGAAGUGACUAAUGAAACGCAAAAACGCGAUAAUUAACAACCCGUUAGUGGAGUCUUCCCUGUGUACGCAAAAUGUUGUCAGGAGAUGAUUUUCAGCUUAACUUUUUUUGUUUGUGUGUUUAUAGGAUGGCCAACCUAAGUUUCCUCCUAAAAGUUACAUUGUGGAUCUGAUGCACCUCCCUGGCAGACUUAUGAGUACCGACUCGCCCGAGGCCUCUCUCUACCAAAGGCUCUAGUAGCUUUUCAGUUCACGCCUAAUAGCAUUUUGACGUCGUAGAGUAGUUUUUGCCUUGUAAUGUGGCCUUCGCGACUAAAAUUUCAACUAGUCUCAAAAUAGUUCAGAUUUAUGUCGCGUAAUAAACCAGCAUUUAAUCUUUCUUGGAAGAUGAAGAAUAACAAACCCAGAUCAGAGUAGAAAGCCUGAGAUUUGCAGGAAAAAUCGCUUGUUAAAUGAUGCCAAGGUUUAAAGUUUAUACACAGCCAAUCAACUGAUGUAUUUGUAGAAAACUUCUUAGCGGCAU